UUUUUAUAUAUAUAUAUAUAUAUACAGGAUCAUUCAUAACCUAUCUGGAUGCAACUUAUAAGCUUAAUACGUAGAUAAAUUUAAUAAUGAUUGGCAAUGAUAUGAGAUUGAAAAAGUUAGAACGAAUAGAUAUUUGUAUUUGUUACUUUUCAGUUACAUGAUGCUGUCAGAAAUAAUUAUUUACAAUUAUAUUUAUAAUAAUUAUAUUUUAUGAGAUGCAACCAGAUGGAUUGAUCAGUUAAUAUUUAACUAAAGGUUAUUUGAAUCAUUUAAAAUAAGUGAAACGUGAGCGUCGAUUGCACAUUGUGAAAUUAUUUAUAAAUAAAAAUAUAUAAUUUUCCAGUUAAAAAUAAGAAUUUAAUUGUGUAUCAUGACCUUUCAUCCAUUACAAAGAAGAUCCACCUUUCUAAUCGGAUUUGGAAUUGGUUUUGUUUUGGCUACGUUGUUUUAUUUAAUAGGAAAUUUGUUUAACGAAAGUACCAUUUAUAAUGAGAAAAAAUUACAAUAUCAACAAUAUUCAGAUGAUUUAUCAAUCGUUUGGAUGACACCUAUCAAUUUUCUCUCAAGAGGUAUCAAGUUUCGUAAUUGGAUCAAAAGUAAUUUGACGAAAGGAUUAGAAAAUGUAUCAUACGACAAGUGGUUUGCUGGAUACAAUUUGCAAAGAAAUGCCAUUGAUAUGGAUCGUUACUUGUACGAACCAAAAUCAGAUAAUACUUCACAGGAAUCUGUUAUGUUGGAAUCUAAUUGGUUGAAAUCUAAAAUAUUUAUUACAUGUGUCGUUUUUGUGGAGAAAGUUAAAUUGGCAAAAUCCAUAAAAGAUACUUGGGGUAAUCAUUGCAAUAAAAUUUAUUUCUUUGGACAACGCAUACAAGAUUCUCAAAUACCUAUCAUCAAUUUUACUAUAAAGUUUCAAUCCUCUUGGCAUUUUCUAUGCGAAAUUAUGAAUUAUAUAUGGAAAGACAAUGAAAUCAAAGAAUGGAUACUUUUUGUAAAAGAUGAUAUGAUGGUGAUCCUAGAAAACUUACGUUACAUAGUUGCUCCAUUAAAUUACGAAGAAAAUUAUUAUUUGGGUCAUGCGGUUGUAAUGUGGGGCCAAUCGUACAACGUUGCUCAAGCAGGCUACGUAUUAAGUAAAGGAUCUCUUAGAAAAAUGAUAGAAAUGUUUAAUACGUCUGAAAAAUGUGCAGGUGGUGGUAAAUAUUGGAAAAAGGAAGAUUAUUAUCUUGGAAAACAUUUAUCAUCUAUGGGUAUACUACCAAUGGAUACACGGGAUGAAUAUUUAAGAGGAACUUUUCAUGGUUAUGCUUUAAAUAAUUUAUUAUGGGGAAUUGCAAAAACUGGUAGUUAUUGGACACAUGCUUUGUAUCCUUCACGAAAAGAAUGUUGCUCUUCCAUGUCAGUAACAUUUAGUGCUACCGAAGCUGACAAAAUGUUUACUUUUAAUUAUUUAUUAUACAAUUUACAUAUUUUAACUAAUAAAGGAGUUUUUGGAAACAAACGUGCUCCAAUGUCCUUGCCGGAAGAAGAUGUAUGGAAAAUCGCAUUAAAAGAAGAAUUUAAUAUAACUAACUUGAAUGAGAUUUCUAGCGAUGCAUAUUAUGAAAUAUGGCAUUCGAAGUAUUCCGAACCUGAGCAAUUGAUAUUAAAAAAUUAUCCAAAUACUUCUAACGUAUUAACUUCUAUUUUAACUGCUUAUGAAUCUCGAAAUCAAACGUCCGAUAAAUUAUCAUUAAAAUAAGAAACAGAGAAAGACUAGAUUUAUACUAUGACAUUUUCUAUGAAGAAAAAAAACAAAAACGUUACAUAUAUUUCUUGUUACAAUAUCAAAUUUAUAAGUAUCAAUAUUAUUUUACAAAUAUUGUUCUUUAUUAUAAUACGUUAAUAUGUUGUAAUAGUAUUAUUCCAUAU